AUGGAGUUUGAGAAGGCGUGGGAGGACAGGAACCCGCUGAAAGCCUAUGCUCUACUAAAACAGUAUAGCGGCAAAAUGAAAAGAUGUUCUCCUGUCCUCACCACUGCCAGUGGAGCAGUUGUGUUUGAAGCAAGCCUUCCAAUUUGGAGGCUAGCACCGUCAGUUCCUGAACUCGAGCAUAAAAUGAAGAAUGGAAAAUCUGGUGGAGACGACGGGAUUAGCGCAGAAAUGCUAAAAUAUCUUCCUCCGUUUGGGAUUCGUACUGGAGCGCAUUAUCCUGGACCGACUCAUCAUCGCGAAGAAACAACGCGCGACGAGCAAGCUGGCUUUCGUCCUGACCGAUCUACGAUUGACCAGCCGCGUUCGACUCUGACGGCAGAGACGCACCGAGGCCGUCUUCUCAACGCGCUGAGUGCCGAUGGAGUACCAGGAAAGUUCGUUCGCUUGCUUGAUGACAUGAAUCAACGAACAACUGCUGCAGUUCGAACACCAGCCGGAUGUACAACACCGUUUGAAGUGGUAACUGAAGUAAGACAAGGGGCGGUGACAAGACCCUUCCUGUUCAAUUUCGCCAUCGACGACAUUAUGCGAAUAACAGUCGACCAGUGUCCUGCCGACAUUGUCUUAGCACCAUCCCCUGACGGGUGCCCCUUGACUGACUUCGAGUACGCCGACGAUGUUGUUAUAUUCGCGGAAAGCAGUACGAAACUUCAACAUGUUGUCAACCUUGUAUCGAAGCUGGCUGCAGCCUAUGGACUACGCCUACGCCCUGAUAAAUGCAAGCAGAUGUGGAUCUCUUCGAGACCACGAACGGGAAUCUGGAUGGACGGACAACCGAUAGAACUCGUCGAUGAGUUCUGUUACUUAGGCUGUACGCUGAAGAACAAUGGCAGCUACUAG